GCUGCGUCCAGAAGCCGUCAUGGAGAGCAAAAGCUCUGGAGGGCAGGUAUGUAAAAACAACAAUUUAAUUUAGAGUCUUCGUUAUAAGAUUAUCUUGCACGUUAAUGCCAAGUAAGAUUUUUCCACAAAUAACGUCUAAUGCAGUUGUUGAAAACUCUUUUAUACUCUGACGUCACGUUGGUGACAGUCCUCGUCUGGUUAUAUGCAAUGCUGCCACUAUCUCCUGUUUUGUGCUGGUUUCCUAAGUUCUGUCAACCUGUGGUCUUGAACAGGCAGAAGAUGUCAGAGCCCAAAUGCUGAAGACGGCAGGGUUGGAUUCAUCUCUUUCCCACCUGAGCCCUGGAAGUCAUCAGACAUCAGAAAAUGUCGAUGUGCAAAUGUGUCUGAGAGCAUAUGAGCAAUGGCUUCGAGUGCAAGAAAAGGUCAAUGAGGACAUUGUUGAGAUGCAAGAAACCAACAAGAGCUUGUCUCAGCAGUUGAGCAAAGCUGAAAGAAAAGCUCGCAGGCUGGAGAAGGAAGUGGAGCAACUGAAGAAAGCCCUCUGGGAAAAGGCAUUGGCUUUAGACAUGACAGAAAGAGAAUUACGUCAGGCCCAGAAGCAGGCAAAGGAGCGGCAUGCUCUACACCUUGAGAAAGAUCAAGAGAGAAAAGAUGCCGUCAAGAAGGCAGAAGGGCUGCAGGAACAACUGGCCCAGCUCCAAAGUGAAAACCAUUUACUCCGGCAGCAGCUGGGAGAUGUAAACAAGAGCACCCAAAUACGAAUGAGAACAGUGGGACAGCUGCACAGAGAGCUCGCUGACGCUUGCCAGAAGCAGUGGAUAGCAGAAACGUCACUGAAAGCGGCUACACGCCAAUGUGAUUACCUGAAGCAAGAAAACUCCCACUUGCAAGAGGACUUGCACAAGGCUAAAGCCGAGCUGUGCGACCUCUCCGCGCGGCUGGAACUGGAGUCCCAAAAUGCUCUGCACCUCGAAGCUGCAAACCAGGAGCUGCAAGGGCUGGUGGCUCUUCUGCCACAUCGCUUGGCCACUCCAGGGGUGGGUCAUCCCCCAACAGCGCUUCAUGGAGGAGAGUGUGAGCAGCGAGCGCAAGAAGAAACGAGAGAGAAGCAACAUCUCGGGGAGCUUUUGCAGACUCAGGCAGCCGCUCAAGCCAAAACAGAAGAGGCCAACACCACUGACGCUUCUUGGAGAAAGCUGCUGGAGCAGAGAAUGAAAGCUCAGGAAUUGGACCUGGAGAGAGCACGGAGCCUGCAGGAGGCGACCGCACUGCAACUGGCAUGGGCGCAGGCAGAACUAAAAAGCUCCGAAAAGCGUUAUUUGUUGGGCCGCAAAAUUAGAAGCUGCCUCUCAAAGAAACUAAAAAAGGCUAAUGAGACGCUGGCGGAAGCCAGUGCUGAGAGCCGUCAGGAGCAGCAGCGCAGACUCGUCAGUCGCAAGGCCAAGAGCCUGAGCCAGAGCAGGGGACAGAGCGGAAACCCAUCGGGCUCAGUCACUGGUGAACAUGAAACCGGAUCUGCUGGGGAUUCUCCCUGGACGUCUCCUGCUGUUCCGCCAAAUUGAAACAAAGUCCAGGCUAUCCCCUUGCAGGGCAACACCGCCCGAUCGUGAUGCUCUGAGAACAAGUAUUAAACUGGUAGAACACACGCA